AUGACGUUCACGCUUUUUUCUCCCUCUGUCCGGCGUCCGCUCCGGUACGCGGUCGCUAGGCGGCCACGGCCUCAUGCACAGGCGUCACCUGAUGACCAUUUCUUCCCUUUUUACCGGCUUUCCUCUUCUCCUCUAUCUUUUUCCUCAGCAUCGCGCUUCUAUGCGACGACACCGAAAUCUGCUAGGGCGGCGCAGCCUGGCCGCGCCGGCGGGACCACCGGGGAGCGGCGGCCACAUCCUCCGUCGUCAAAGCAACGGCCGCGUCGCAGAGACGAAGAGCAAGCCUCUGAAUUUCGCUUCAUCGAGCGCUUCAAACGCGCCGACUUUGAUCACGCAGCUUGGCGACAAGAAGCCGAGCGAAAGGCGCAAAGCGACGGGUGGCAUGUCGUGGCCACGCGUGUACAGACGCCUGCCGCUUUCGAGUUCGACCGCCAAGUCCUUCUUCCCGAAUUCUCUUCAACGACAAAGAAACGGCCGUGUGCCGCGUCGGGAGCACAGGCAGGCGGACACCCUGGAGAAACGGAAGGGGGCUGCGUAGUGGAGGACAUCCCUGAGGCUCGCGGGAGGCAGCUGCCGAGGCAGAGAAGAGAGUCGUUGGAAGAUUUAGAGCCAAGGGAAGGUGGAAGAGUUUCGGGACAGAAGAAGCAGGGGAACGACGGCGAGACGGACACAGGAGCGCCUUCUCGGGGAGGCAGAGACGCGAGCCGACACGACGAAGGGGAUCUUGGAGACAGGGAGCGGGAUGGGACGAGUCCUUCGCCUUCCAGAGAAGACGCUGUGCAUGCACUGAUUGCUGAGAGUGCGCUGAAUCUAAAAGAUAUGCCUCCGCCUCCUGUCACGUACUUUGAUCACCUCACCGAGUUCGCAGGCGAGACGGACAAGGCUCGCUCGUCUUCGUCCUUUUCCUCCACCGUGUCGUUUCCGUAUCUUCCUGGGCCCCCUCCGCCGUCUCGAUUCUUCACCAAGGGAAAGGAAGACUGGCGCUACCAGUGGCGACGCGAAGACGACGAGGACUUGUGGCGGUCGCCGGAUUCUUCGCUCCGCCAAGCCGCAACGGGAAACAGGGGCAACGCAGCCUCGUCCUUUGAGAGUUUUGCGGAUUCCGGUAGAGGAAUCGAAGGCCCACGUGGCUUGGAGAGAAAGCAACUCUCCGUGUUCGUCCCGUCUUUGCAGAUGUGGAAACCGAUCGCCGUUCUAAACAGCCACCAACUCCUCUUUGCACUGCAGCAGCCCCAGGUGUCUCUACACCCGAGAGGUCUUCAAGACACCCCAGCGGCUCGGAGUCACAGCCUUGACGCGGCUUCUUCGGCUUUCGAGAUGGGCCGGGGAUAUCCAGUCCCCUACUGGCGCCAACUUCUUUCCCGUCUGCAGCGGAUUGCGUUCUCGUUUGACGGUCCUUCUCUGCUCGCUGUAGUCGCCGCUUUAACGCGGCAUCUCCUUGAGGUGAAAAGAGAAUCGGAGUCGACUCAGGCUCUGCUGAGAGGCCGCGUCCUCUUCCGCGCGGAACGCCGCGCCAAAGCAGCCGAGAGUCGGCGGCAGAGCGCGCGCUCGCGCUCUUGGUUUCCGUCGGCGCCUCUGGCUUCGGUCGAGCCCGCUUCGUCGGAGGACGCGCCGUCCUGCACAGAGACAGUUGCGUCUGAGCGCGGUCUGCAGUGGGUGGGCCGAACCGAGUCUUGCCUCCCCAGGGGAGACGAAGAGAAAAGCGAGGCAGAACUCCAGAAACUCGGAGCCCGCGCAGAGGAACUCAACUCCAUCCUCCUGGCGCUGACCCAACAAGCUGUUUGGAAACAACUGAGUGACGACACACUCCCUCAUUUGCCAUUCCUUUCUCUCCCGGCUUUGGCGAGUCUGGCAGAAACGUUUGCUCUCUUGAGUCCAAAUCUCUCCCCGUUCGUGUUCGCCCAUCCUCUCCCGUUCAAGUGGCGUCACUUGUCUCUGCUUUCUUCGCUCGCCUCGAUACUCUGGCUCUCUGGCCUUUUCUCGGCGUCCUUCUCGCUCAGACUUUCAAGCUCGCUGAACGUCGUCAUCAUGCAGGCCAUUGAGCAAGUCCACGGCCUCGGGCAACCGCAUUUACACUCUCCGUCCCUGGACUCGGCUUCUUCCUUCCCCGUUUCUCAUGGCGCGCAUUCACAGACGAGCGCGGGUGCACAGACACCAGGGAGUCCCCCGCCAGCGACGGUCCGAGCUCUCUUUCGCCUGUUGGAUGCAUGCGCGGAGGCAAUACACGUUUCUUGCGCUCUUGCAACUCUGCGUUCUUCAAAUCCGACCCCGGAUUUUUCUCCGGGACACUUGCCCAAUUUCCUCUCGGCCGCCUUCGCGCACGAGCGGUUCGAGACCCGCAGCAAGGCAGGAAGUUUUGAAGCUGCCGGCGUCGUGGGUGCUCUCUCCCAUCAACUCUUCGAAACAGUGGCUGGGCAAGCAGAUCUUUCCUCCCAGCUGCUUCGUCUGCCUCUGGAAGACCGCGUGCGCCUCGUCGUCCACGGUUCGCUGUAUUGGCAAGAGGACGCUGUGAAGCCUGCCACUCGCCAGUUUCUUCGAGGCGCGAUUUCUUCUCUGUUUUCCGAGCAAGGAUUUCCGCGCCCUUCGUCUGUUUCGUCCUCGGCAGCCUCACCAGCCGCCCCGUCGCCAAGCUCUUCAGUCGUUCAGCUCUUUGCACUCUUGGGCUCUGCACUGGUUCCUUCUCUCCGCAGCCCCUUCCCUCCCUUGGGAAGACUCGACGGCGUUCUUCAGUCUGAAGAGGUUUUCCACUCUUCUUCUGUUCUUGCUGCUUCCCUCCCCGUGUCUCCGUCCCCAUCCCCUCGCCCUCUCUUGGCAGCCAUCGGGACUCGAGGAUCUGACAAGCUCCUAGAGCCUCUGUCCGUACUCUCUGCUUCGUCUGCAGCCGCUGAACCGUCGCCCCUUCUUCUCUCUUUCUUCGGGGUCUUUUCAGGGCGACGGCAAAGCCGGGGAGCCUCCCUUUUUCCCAGGGGAUCGACGGACACGUUCUUCGCGCCUUCCCAGUUUGCUUGCCUUCUGGAGGGUUUGGCCGCCUCACUGCUCCUCCGUCCGUCGUCUCAAGUUCUCUCCGAACUAAGUGCUGGUCCUUGUCGGUCCUCUUCUGCCGCCCCCUACACGUCCCUGUCGCGCCACAGCGUCCAUCUGCCUGCGAGGCCGCAUGAGCCGGCGGCUUCUGGGGAUUUCAGCGAGGACGCGCACGGCGCCGACAGCGACUACGCCUACCUUGACGGCCCGAGCGCGGACGCCUCCCCGUUGUCUUCUGCCUUUCCUCUCGCUUCUGCCGCGACGGAACGAAUCUCCCUUCCUUUGACGGCAGUCCUGUCUCUCCAGCGGUGCCUGGGCGGCGAGGUCGAAACGGCCUUCAGACUGUUGAAGGACCUCGAGUGUACGUACAACUCCGAACCGCGAAGCGCGGAGCGUGGCGAUUCCGGCUCUGUGGCGGCUGCGACCUCAGCAGCAGCGCUCCCCAGCCCACGUCCCGAGGACGCGGUCUGCGGCGGCGACGACCCUCUUUUCGUCGUGCCACGUCUCCUGUCUCUGUGUGCGUGGUCCAUUUCUCAGCAACUCGGACCGGUCUCCUUUCCUCAACUGGUGCAAGUGCUUCACUCGCACACUGCCGCCCUGCGGUUCGCCGCGGUCUUCCAGCUGGAUGUUUCAGACAAACGCUUCGAGGUCCAGGCAGAAGGUGCGGGUCCGUCCACUAGGACUCCUCUGUCCGCUUCGCCAGAGUCGUCAGCCUCGGCACCGCCUCUCCUGGCGACGAGUGAUGCCCCGCCGGAUUCGGAAACCGACGCCUCGGCCGCGCUCUUCUCUCGCCGCUCACGAGCCUGGAGGAGGGAGAUCGGGGCGUGUCUGGCAGUGCAGCUGCGCGCUACCGGUUCCGUCCUACGUCGUCUCUCCGAAACUCUCGCCCUUGCGCUCUCUCCGGCGCAUGCAGACGACCUAGACGUCGGCCAGGACGAGACAGCCCCGCGAGGCACCCUCGGCGGGCGAACGCCCGGAAGGUGCUCUGCGGUGACCUUCGACGAGAAAAAUGUGUUUGAAGAAGAUGCACUCCACGCGCUCCUCCAGAACGGCCUCGGGUCCAUUCUCUUCUCCAUCACGACCGCGGCGGCCGUUCGCGACAGCUUGCCGCAGGUGCAUGCAGAGACAGCGGAGAUGUCUCCCGCGGAGGAAGACCAGCUGAGCAGAGAGGCCGAGGCAGCCGCCAAGGAAUUCGAGGAAGAAGCUUUCCGAUGCAUGCGCUCCAUUCGGAAACUGCUUGAGGGCGAAACACCCGCUGGGCCUCCACGGGGAAGUACUGACCUGAGCGAUGCCGUCCGACGGCUGACUGUCGAGCAGCAGGUGUCUUGGCUCUCCACUCUCCUCACGCUCCUCGACCUUCGGCUACGCAGACACGGACGCGAGCCGCGCAAGCACGACUCGGGUGUGAGACGUCAAAUGCGCGAUCCGGAGGCGCGUUCCCAGCCGGCAGACGUGCUCGACGAAAGCGCUCGAGUGUUCCUUGUUCUAGCUCGGAACUUGCAGCGGCGCGCACGGCUCUUCUCGGCGGCUGAAGUGUUUCAGGAUGAAAGCGAAGAGGCGGCCCUCUCGGUAGUCGAAGCGUCUUCUGUCUUUGCCCACUUCGUCGCUCGACUCUUCCCUGCUCACGCCUCGGCGCCUCCUCGCUCGGUCUCUCCAGCUCCAGAGCCAGACAGCCAGGCGACUGAGGUCUGUCUUGCAGCUGGUGCGGACGUGUCUUGGCUAGCUGAGGCGUUGCAGCUCGCGGUUGACGAUGUGCGGAACGGUCUCGUGCAUGCCUCGCCCUCGGAACUUGCCAGGGUCGCGGCCGCCUCCCAAACUCUGGAAGAGGCGCAAGCGCAGCUCAGGACCCACGCGCGACGUUUGCGCUGCUCGCCACUGCGGCUUGGUUCGAAUCGAGAGACUGGGGAAAAGGUCGAGGAGUUAAGGGAACAAGUCGAGGAGUUUAGGGAGGCAGUUGAGUCUGUCUCGACACCUCGAUCGAGGACGGAGGGGACAGGCGUCAAUUGUAACACAAACGGGCUCUCGGAGCAGUCGGAGGUUCCUUGGGAGGAAGUUCUGGCCGGCCUAAGUGGGCUAACAGUCCAGGGACUAUCAGACUAUCCAGCAGCUGUAUCGGUGCAUAUAUCGCAAAUGUUUUUGUUUCGAGGAGACUAG